GGGAUUCCCGCCGGCCCCGCCCCACCCCCCGCGCGCGCGUUCGGCUUUCCGGGAAAAGGCGGCGGCUGCUGGGAAGGGACCGGGCCGGCAUCAGUGGCACCGGGACCGGCAAGGUCCGGACUAGGACACGCCGGGAGCAGUACCGGGACCCGCACGGACCCCUGGGGCUCCCCGGAACCGACGGCGAGAACCGGGAGCGACCGGGAGCAGGACCGGGACCCACCGGGACCGGACCGGGAGCCACGAGGAGGCGGCAGGACCCGCCGGUCCCCCUGUCCCCGAUGCUGUCCCCCCCCAUACGCCGGCUGCUGGCCCUGCUGGGCCCCGAGCGCCGGCGCUGGACCGUGGUGGGGGGGCUGAUGUCGGCUUCUGCUCUCGGUGAGGUGGCUGCCCCCUACUUCACGGGCCGUGUCACCGACCGGGUGGCAGAGGAGGACCCGGCAGCGGCCGUGUGGCCCCUUGUGCUGGUGGGGCUCGGCAGUGCCAUCACCGAGCUGGCCUGUGACAGCAUGGCCGCUCUGGCGCUGACACGGACGCGGAACCGGCUCCAGCGCGGUGCGGUGGCCGCAGUGCUCCGCGGGGACGUGCCCGGGCCGGGGGGCAGCCUGGGGGACACGCCGGGCGCGGUGGCCGCGCGGGUGACAGGGGACGCCGAGGCGGCGCACUCGGCGCUGGGCGAUGUGCUGGUGCCAGGGAUGUGGGCCUUGACCCGGGCUGUGUCACAGCUGGCCAUGGUGGCCUGGCUGUCCCCAGUGCUGGGCCUGCUCACCCUCCUGGUGCUGCCCUUCUUCCUGCUGCUGCCACGCGCCGUCGGGCGCAUCCAACAGGACCUGGCACGGCAGGUGCGGGCAGCGCAGGCCAGCACCACCGCGGUGGCCCUGGAGUCGCUGGGGGCCAUGGGGACCGUCCGGGCCUUCGGGCACGAGGCCGGCGUCACGCAGCGCGUGCGGCAGCGCCUCGCCCAGGGACACCGGCUGGAGCAGAAGGAGGCGCUGGCCUACGCGGCCGGGCUCUGGGCCAGCGGGUUUCCUGCACUGAUCCUGAAGCUGGCACUGCUCUUCUUGGGGGGACGCUUGGUGGCUGCAGGGACUGUCACCCGUGGGGAACUGGUCACCAUUCUCAUGUGCCAGCUGCACUUCACCAGGGCUGUAGAGGUCAUGCUCCUGUAUGUCCCGAACCUAGCCAAGGCUGUUGGCUCUUCUGAAACACUCCUGAAACUGCUGGAGCAGGCCAAGACAGGGACACUGGCAGGGCCACCAUCACCUGUUACCCCCCGGGGCCACAAGACCACACAGACCCGAGGGCUGUGCCUCAAGGAUGUCUGGAUGUCGUACCCUGGGCGGUCCGAGCCAGUCCUCAAGGGGGUGUCGCUGUCGCUGCGCCCCGGGGAGGUCGUGGCCGUGCUGGCGCCCCCUGGCGGCGGGAAGAGCUCCCUGGUGGCGGCCGCGCUGGGGCUGCGCCCCCUGGCGGGCGGGGCCGUGCUGCUGAACGGGACCCCCCUGACCCCUCACUCGGACCCUGCUCUGCGGGAACAGGUGGCUGGUGUCCUGCAGUGUCCGUCCCUCUUGUCCCGCUCCCUCAGCGCCAACAUCGCGCUGGGCUGGGGACACAAGGAGGGGACCCAGGUGACAGCAGCGGCGCGGCGGGUGGGGGUGCACACUUGGGCCGAGCAGCUGCCACAUGGCUAUGACACAGAGGUGGGCCCACGGGGGAUGCAGCUUUCAGGGGGGCAGGCACAAGGGGUGGCGCUGGCCCGGGCCCUGCUCAGGAACUCCCAAGUGCUGGUGCUGGAUGAGCCCACGAGGGCACUCGACCCCAUGACCCGGAGCCAGGUGGAGCAGGAGCUGCUGUGUCCCGGGACAGGGGAGGGGCCGGCAGUGCUGCUGGUGACAGGGCGGGUGGCCCUGGCACAGCGGGCACAGAGGGUGGCCCUGCUGGAGGGGGGAAAGCUGCGGGAGCUGGAGAGCCCCGAGGAGCUAAGGACCCUCCCGUGGGGGACAGCGGGGGACACUGAGGACGGGGAGGGGGAUGACUAGGGCUGGGAGGGGGACACUGGGG